AUGGCUGCGCUUGUCGCGCGAGCCGUCUCCGCCGCUGCGACGACUGCUGUUCUGCCUGCGUUUCCGUCGACGCAUCGGCGCGCUUCGUUAGCAGCCAGAGAAACGUCGCUGCGGAUAGGAGGGUGGGGGAAGCGCGAAUGUAGCAAUGGCGGAUUCAUCAAUGGCGGCCGGAGCCGCGCGGGGAGGAGGGGUGGGGCUGUGGUUGCGCUGGCCGCUCCGCCUGAAGCCGUGACGACGAUGGUGUCAGCUGCUGAUUGGACGAGCCACCUCGUGCUCGCCACGCUCAACACAGCUGCCACGCUGGCAUCGGACGGACCAAUAGAACUGCCCCCCGCUUACCUGGAAGACCCCUGGGCUAUUCCCGAGGUCUCUCCGUUGCAAUCCUUUGCCAGUAUUCUGCUGACUGGGACGAUCGGUGUGCUGCUGUUCCGUGCUAUCAAGAGACGAGCGAGCAAGGUCACUGAAUCGCGUUUCCGGUCGGAUUCAGUUGAGAAGCUGUCGUCCAAUCCGGUGGUAGAGGAGCGGAAUCGUAGGGCGGCAGCGGAAGCGGCAGAAGCAGCCAAGCGGGCGCCGCCCACGGUGCUGAACACGCUGGGCGGCGCACUGGUGGCGGGGUCGAUUGCGAUCGUGCUCUACAAGUUUGCCACGUCCGUUGACGAUGUGUUUGCCGGGCAGACUCUGUCAACCACUUACACCGUUCGGAACCUCUCCAUUGCUGUCAGGACCAUAGUAUCAGGCCUCGUAUGGCUGGCCACAUUCAUCUUUGGUCUCAAUUCCAUCGGCCUCACUCUAUAUGCCUUCCAACUGGCGCUGGGUCUCGACUCCCCUAAAGACAGCCCCGUUAGUGGGAGUGGGAGUGAAGCGGAUACAGUGGGAUCCAAAGACAGUGAGGCUAAGGAGACGGAGGUUCCAGUUGGGAGUGACGAGAAAAAGCCAUUGGGUUUUGGAGUUCAAGCGCAAUCCGAAUCAGUGCCACCAGCGGUAGUAUCUCCACGAGCGGUAUCAGCGCCAUUGGCGCCAGCAGCACCAGAACCAGCCGACCCAGCAUCGGCCAGUCAGGCCGCCGCCGUUCCGCCAGCACAUCAGACGGUCGUCCAGAUAGCCGGCCAGCCGGCAGUUCAAUCGACGGACGAGGUGCUUCUGGGUCGAGUGGCGGAGAUAGCGGCGGAGCUCAGCCGUCAGAUGCAGGAGGAGCAGGCGCUGCAGCAGUCCCAAGGAGCCAUGCUUCAGGAGCAGGCGCAACCCCUUCCACACUCCCCUCCUCUCGCUCCUCCUCUCUUUCCUCCACAGCAAUCGCCACCCUUCCCUCCUCCCGUCCCCCCUCCACUCGUCCCCUCUCCUCCCUUCCCCCCUCCACCGCCCCUCCGUCCCACGUCGCUCAUCUCACCUCAAUCUCAAGGCGAAGCAGGGAGUUUAGGAAGCACGGAAGGCGCUGACGAGGUGCUUAUAGGGAGGGUGGCCGCGAUAGAGGAACAGCUGAUGCUGCAGCUUGCAGGGGCUAGUGCAGAGGAGGGGAAGAGGGAAGCUGGAGGAGAGGAAUUCGGAAUGAGCAAGCCCCUCUUUACAGUCACAUCCCUGGAUCGAACCAUUCGCAGGGUAGAUCUGAACAAGACCUUUCUAGAAUACCACCACCAUUUCCGGGAAGGAGAGCUCAAGCUACAGUGCUCCGGCGAGCCUUGCCCGAACCUCGGCUCCUGCGGUCCGGAGUUCCCGAACCUGCGCGCCUGCUACUGGCCGAACCUGGUCGACGCGGAGUACCUGUUCCCAGACCAGCCUAUAAACUGCCCGAAAGUUAUGGAUAUGAGUGUAGAAGGAGGGAAGGAGGUGUCGGAUACGAGGUGCACUCAUAAGGGGGAUGACUUGCGGCUGGACAUGUUUCUGCCGCAGUAUUACGAGCUGCGGGAUGUGUAUUUGGACGGAGAUGGCUUGGUGUUUAACGAGUCAGUGUUCUUUGAUCGGCAUAGCUGCGCGGACAAGGGGAAUUUCUCCUUUUCGCCAGGCAAGGCCAAGGUCCAUCAUUAUGACAGCCUCGUCUCCCUCAUAUACCCCCUCGGCAUCGCAUUCUACCACGUGCUCAUAGAGCUCGUGCCGCACCUCUUCGUGCUCUCCCCACUGCUGCGAGACAACCCCUCCAUCCCCAUCGCCAUCGCAUCCCACCAGGUGAAGGCGUUCAGCAGUCUCCUGGUACCCUUCCUGGGCAUCCCAGCCACCGCUCUCAACCUCGCUGUCAUCCCCAACCGACAUGCUGACGUCAACCUACUCGUGCAUGUGGAUGUGUUAUACCAG